AUAUCAAUUGGUACUUACCAGACUGUUAACGCGUGAAAACCUCUAAUUUGUUGAUAAAAUUGUCAACAACUUUUUAUCUCUUAUUGAUACUGAAGAACUAACAUACAUAAACAAAUAGAUAUCAAACCAGGAUUGUUGUUUGAAAACUUCCUUCAAAAAGUUCUUGAAUUUUUUAUCUUUAUCUCAGAGAAUUGAAUUGGAGCUCUACAAAUGUAUUGUGCAAGAUAAAUCUAUAGAAUGUUGAUUGUGGUCCAUGAGACAAGAUGACUAUCGCCAAAAACUGUAAUUUAUUGCAACUUCAUGCGGCAAAUCAAGUUCGGAGCUGAGUAUACUGUUCAAAUUGAUAAAUUAUGAAUAAUCAUGAUUCACAGACAGAAGAUGAGAAUAUUUCGCAAAGAGAGGAAGAGUUUCAAAAUCAAAGGAAGAAGAAAAUUAGCAUAGUAGAAGUCAAUGAAUUGCUUCGCAAGAGAUCGAAGCAUCAAAAUGUCGAUCACAAGCAUAGAAGAAGUAUCUCGACGGACAAAACGUCUUCAAAAGCUUAUUCCUUUAGAUGUGGUCUGGAUGACUCGAUGGUGGCAUCGGUUCUCCAAAGUUCGAGCGUCGGUGACUCUGGCGUGCGGCCUUGUCCCUCGGACAACAUCGGUGUUCGCAGCAUGUCCAUUGACUUCGCGGCUGGCGAACGUUUGGGUAGUCUCGAAGCUGCAGCCUUUGCUGCAAUUUUAACUGAAGCUGCGGACGCCCUCGAAGUGCUGCGUCGCACUGUACGAGUAGACCACAACGAAUUACGAAGAAACGAGGGGUUGGCGAAUCGUAAAGUUGUCAGAAAGAAGCACAGUUGUGCUGGAGAGGAUGAAAGAAAGAUGCUCUAUGGUAGGGAUGCAGGAUUUUCGCCCGUCAUCCUGACCGUUCCUGAAAAAUUGCUCAGAGAUAGAGAAUUAGGCUCCAAUGUUUUCCGAAAAGUCGCUUGCGAAUUCGAGCGCAACGGUAGCUACGAUUGGCUGAGAUGCGAAGUCAACGCCAUCGUCGAGUCGAAAGAAAAAGAGUGCGGUCUCGAGGUGAACUUAAAAAUUUGGACGGACUUGGCAAAGCGACUGCGCGAAUCGCAGAAAACGUUCCAAGAUGAAUUCGAAACGCAGAAGAAAAAGUACAUGGAAGAAAUGAGCGAACUAGCGGCUGAAAUCGAUACGUCUUACUGCGAUAAUAUUGACAAGUUGGAUUAUAUCAGCAGAACAGAAGCAUCGAAGUUGGAGCAGCAAAAUCUUCGAUUCUCAAUUCGUGAACGAUCGUUGCUGGACGAAAUCAAAGAGCUAGAGAAGACAAUGAAAAUUGACAUAAGAGUGUCGGAAGCUCUGCAAACUUAUGGGAAAUCGGUUAUAAACCAUUGCGAAGAAGAAAUCAUAGUAUGGUCUGAUCGUUACAACGAAGAGCUCGAAAGGCGGCAGCAAGAAACUAUUGAACUUCAGGAAAAGAUUGACGAGAUGAAGGAAUUUAUGCAAGAAUCGCGUAUUUUACAGAAGGAGAGACAAAUUUUCAUAGAUGCAUAUGUAGAGGAGCAGGAGAAAAUAAAAUCGGAAAUGGAUUAUGUUGAUGCGGUGAACAGUGCUGCAACGUUGAUUCAAGCUAUCUGGAGAGGCUACAUGGUGAGACAUGAAUUAGGUCCAUUUUUUGGACUCAAGAAGAAAAUUGGAAAGAGGCCAAAGAAGUCUAAGAAAAAAGCUAAAAAGAAAACCAGGAAAUUUUCUUAGUAAUACACUAGACUCGUAUCGGUACCUGAAUUUUACAUUUGUUUGUGGUUUUAAAAAAUGGAAAACGGAUUCUUAGUUUCGGUAUAAAUAAUUGAAAUAUAUAUUCUUAAACAAUUGUCAGGAUAAUUUGAUUACAAGUAAUAUUUACAAACAGCUCAUAUUAGCUCGCACAAUCACUGCUCACACGCGACACGCGCACAGCACUGUCUCGAGUCUUUUUUUUUUUUGUUGAAAAAGCAUCGGGUACCGGUAAAAAUAUGUCGUAAAAAUCGAAGAAAAAAAAACAACUAUCUGAUGUCGAAAAA